CUUACAGAUGCUUGAAGUCAAAGAUUUAUGUUUUAUGCGCUUGUUAUUUUCUUGUGUCGUCCUUCUAAGAAAGCCAAAUCCAUUUUCGAUGUACCAGGAGAGUUGUGCUUCACAGGGCAGGUGAGGAGGAUGCAGAUGGGAGGGGGUUAGUUUGAUGUUAGCCCAGCAUUGGAUGUUUCGAGAGAAGAGAGGGAGUGGACCAUAUCUUUCCCUCUCUCUCUCUUUCACGCCCUGAAUCAUUAUGGAGUUAAGGAGAGAAAACCGCACACACAUGCACGCAGCCAGAAGAAGGAUGCAUGAGCUGAAACAAAAAGCACAUUAUCUGUUAACCAAGAUCUCCUCGCUGAGACCUGCGUUCCCAUCAGAGCCAUGAUGAGCGUGAGGGAGAGGCUGAGCGGGACACGUUACCAAGGAGACUGAAAUGAUGGAUCGUACUAGCCACUCGGUUUACACACCGUUUCCCGAAGUCUGAAUGAACUUAAAGCUGUUAUGCCUGUCUCUGCCACUCAGGAUAACACCAUGAAGUCCCAGCAGAAGUGCAUUGCUGUGUUCGCGCUGGUUUGCUGUUUUGCUGUCCUGGUGGCUCUGAUCUUCUCUGCUGUGGAUGUUUGGGGAGAAGAGGAGGAUGGUGUAACUGAGGAGAACUGCAGCAAAGAUUGUCGUAUUGUCCUAGUUGAGAACAUACCAGGAGAGCUGUCAUUCAAGUCCAAUAGCACAACUCAUCUCACCCUCACAAUGGGUCUCAAUCAUCUUUUGGACCAAGCCAAGCUCUCAGUUGAGAUAGUGUCCCCAUACUGGGCCCUGACAUCCACUGAUCAGGGGUCACGGCUUUAUUCCACCUAUCAGGGUCAGUUUUUGUUUCAGAGAUUGCUAAGUCUGAAAUCUCGAGGUGUUAAAUUAAAGAUCGCCAGUGACCAGCCGAACUCCGCUGAGCUGAAAGGCAUGUCGGACCGCUAUGCAGAAGUGCGCUAUGUCAACAUGACCGCCCUCACCAAAGGAAGACUUCUGUCCUCAUUUUGGGUGGUGGACAGGAAGCACAUUUACAUCGGCAGUGCUGGCAUGAAUUGGAAGGCGCUGUCCAAGCUCAAGGAGCUUGGUCUUGUAGUGUACGACUGCAGUUGUUUAGCUCUGGACCUGCACAGGAUUUUUUCAUUGUAUUGGCAGCUGCAGUACAGAGACUACAUCCCUUCGAUCUGGUCCAAGAGAGUUACAGCCGUGUUCAGCAAAGAUGAACCCCUCAAGCUCAGACUCAACAAUACAGACGCAUCCGCAUACGUGUCGACGUCACCAAAGCUCUUUUGCCCAAAGGGUCGAAGCAGAGAUAUAGAUGCUAUGCGUCAGGUGAUCCAAACGGCGAGGAGAUUCAUCUAUAUCUCCGUAACAGAUUACCUGCCCCUGUUGAACCGCAGCUUGAAAGGAUUAGCGACAAGAUACUGGUCACCAGUUGACGAGAUGCUCCGGGAGGCUGCGGUCCUGAGAGAGGUCAAAGUUCGUCUCCUAAUAAACAUGUGGACACGCACACACCCGUUGACAUUUAACUUUAUGACAUCAAUGCAGGCGCUGUGCACAGGGCUUCCCGGCUGCUCUGUCGAGGUGAGAUUUUACAAGGGCAAGGAACAGACGGGUGGAUUUCAGCAGAGAGUAAAUGAAAAUAAAUUCAUGGUGACAGACAAUGCGGUAUACAUCGGGAAUCUGGACUGGGUUGGCAGUGACUUUGCCUUUAACGCAGGAGUCGGGCUGGUGAUUGAGGAGUCCCAGAACCAGACUGAGGACAGGCAGAACUCUAUUGUAGAGCAGAUGACUGCCGUAUUCGAAAGAGACUGGUUUUCACCCUACACAAUAAGCCUGCAGGCUGGCAGGAAUAUCCUGCAAGAGAGCCCAAACACGUGGCAGAAACUACAGGCAGUGAAGAUAAAACCACAGAGCACAGAACGUAAAUGAGCGGAGGGAGGGAGUUUCUCUAAAGCGGGACCAAUGAGCAAAGCACACAACCUUGCCUCGGAAAACCUGUGCCAUGACUCUCAACAUUUUAAUGGAAUUCAAUUAUAAUCUUUAAAGGAUUUUUGUGGACCAUUUUUACAAUUUUAAUAUGUUUUCCUGUAAUACAGGACAGUUAUAAUGCAUGCUUAUUUAGAUAAGCAACCAGUGUGUGUGAGGACUGUCUACUAAAUAUACAAAAUAUUCAGAUCUUGGGCUGCUCAUGGAGAAUUUUCAUGAAAGGACAUUGCCAAAUUUUUAUAAUGUUUGUGUAAAUAGGUUUUCAUCAAAAUGCUAAAUAGCUCAUUAACAUAUGCAUUUUUUAAUAGUAGAUAUUUUUUUCGAAAAUACAAAAAUACUUUGUCGUUUAACUAAAUAUUAUAACAUGCCUAUAUAUGCAAAAUGUUUACAUGAUACCGCAUGCACAAUUUUUUCAACCUUGAAUCAAUAAUCACAUGCACACGAAAACUUUCGUAUGGAAUGCAAGCAAAGCUUACACCCUUUAAAUAUAGCUCUAUAGAGUAGAUCUAUGUGUAAUUAAACUAUAUAUAGGCUAUAUAUUGCUCGCCUUUAACAUUGAUUCUAUAGCAUGUCUUUUCCUCAUAUAUGCUGCUAUAAACUGCUAUUGUUGCUUCCAGGAUGACUACCUCUUAUUAUGCAAUGCAUUUUAUGAUAUACUCAAUACAUGCAUAUUAUGAAACUGCUUGUUGUAGCAUAGAUAAUGUAUUGGACUGAGUUAUAUUCCCACGUGCCUAUGAUAUUGGUUUUGUACACUGAAUGCUAAUUUAAUAAUAUCCCUUUACGAGUAUAGCACCCCUGAUUGACUGUUAUAAUGAAAUAUUAAAGAGUUCAUUAAACGUUGACUGCUGGUUGUAAUAGGCAACAUUCAAUUCAACAUGCAAUCGAUUUCUCACUGUGUUGAUGUGUAGGCUGUGAGAAAAUGACUAUGAAAACUAAAUCAAUUUAGCCGCUCUUGAGGGAACAAUUUAUUUGGAGUCUAAUGCAGUAUAUUACCUUCAUCAUUUUACAGCAUCAAGAAGCAUUAUGUUUUUUAAAUGUAUGAGUGGUGGUGCAGUCUGGAUCAAUGAUGUCCUAGGUGAAAACACAUUCGCUUUGCGUGUAUGAUGUCAAAUAUAAAUAGCCUUUGUUCAAACAUAAAUUUGUAGAGAUCUGUUUAGGGGAUAGCUUAUCCAAACAUCUUAAUUCUGUUAUCAUUUAUGGAUAAACACUAGAAGAUAAUCGGACGAAUUUGGGAUGUUUUUCCUCUUACAACAGCUCUCCUGAUCAUUUUAGGGAUGAAUCGAUUAUCUUAUCUGAUUUUUUUGUGAUGUGCUGAGUUAAAAGAAUAGUAAAAAAAAAUGUUAUUGUGUCAUCAUUUACUCACCCUCAUGUUGUACAUUUAUUUGUUCUGCUGAACACAGAGAAAAAUAUUUGUAAUGAAGCAAGAAACAGAAGCACAAUUAACUUAGGAAAAAUACUGGAUGUCAAUGGUGCUCAAAAUGGUUUGGUUACAAACAUUGCUCAAAAUAUCUUCUUUUUUGGUCAGCUGAACAAAGAAAAUUAUACAGGUUUGUAACAACAUUUUUUGGGUGAACCAUCCCUUAAAUCUGCUCGGAAACGUGUAGGGCCACUCUGAUCGCAAAUUAUAAAUAGUCAACAUGAUAAGCACACAGUUGAUGUUACCCAUUGAUUUCCAUAGCAUUCGUUUUCCUACUAUCAAAGUCAAUGGUUACUGUCAAUAGGCAUGUAUAUGUACAUGUAAUGUAUUUUAGUGAACGCUGUGAGGCGCUAUUGCGUUACCAUGUUUAUUACAUUGGCAGACA